AUGGCUCCCUCCGAGGACGCUUUGCCCUGGCAGUAUGACCUCGCCACGGCCCACCAGCUGCCGGUCGGGAAGCGACUACUGCGGGUCUGCGACAUCGCCUUUACGCAACGGCAGGUCAACGAUUCCUUCAGCCACGACCGCCGCGAUGUCAUGGAGCUCAUCGAGGCCGUGUUGUCCGGUCAGGUGCACCCGCGCCAGAUCCCAUUGAUUCGGGUGGCGUGGCACGACGGGCAGUUCUGGGCCAUUGACAACAGACGCUUGUUUUGCUACAAGCAUUGCAAAGUGGAGAGGGUGCUAGUGGAAGUCAUCCGAUGGGAGGACCAGCACGAAUUCGAGAUGAAGUGGAAGAACGGCUUGCACUCGCGGGGCCCCGGCCGAGGGCACACGGCUGGAGUGGUGCAGCGCUUGCACAGACCCUUCCCGAGGAGCCCGGUCAUGAAUGAAGAGCAGAGCGAAAUCUCUUUGUUCAUGGACGACGAGUCGCAAUAUCACCAUGACAAUCUCCGUGCGGAGAACCAACACCGCUACUGGGCUGCAGCGCGCUACGAAGAUUCUUUGGCGCGCAACCUGCUGUACCAGUGGAAGUACAAAACCGCGGCUGUCGGGGGCAUUGGGCGACCUACGUGGCUCGCGUGCACCUUGCUGAGGGCUAAGGUCGAUGGUACCUUUGAAGCCUGCGUGGACAAUGGCGCGGGAGGCUUCCUUCAUCCAGGGCUCCAUGCGUCGGAGAUCGAAGUUAAUGAGAAUAUGCCGUCUCCGGUGAAGCUGGAGAGGCUGGACGAGUCGCUGUUCAAGACCUUCCUGGUGCCACAUGAUAUGAAGUCCAAGCUGGCGAAGCCUUGGUGCGCGAUUUGUGCCAAGCUGGUGCACGAUUUAAAGCACCACGAGAAAAGUCAUCAGGGCUGUUUUCAGUGCAGCUGUGGGAAAGCCUUUGAGGGAAGCCAAUCCCUGCGCUCCCACGCUCGGAAGAAGCAGCACCUGAUCCCAUACAUGUUCCGGCCGCCUGAAGAAUUGGAGCACCUGCAUGUCUCCAGUAGCGAGUCCGACCGUGACGAUGGCGAACGCGGCGAACGCGCGGCGGCCACGUCCCACGCAGCCUCGUCCCGUGCACGCCGGGCCACGCGGAAACAGGUGGUGGAGGAGCCAGACCCUGCCGAGACCUUCGUGGUGGUGAAAGGCGAGUCCUCGCGCGUGCCGAACGGCUGUCGCUGCGUGCUGUGCGGAAAGACCGUGGACGUCAUGCGCGAUCAUGAGCGCCGGUGUCACGUGGGCGCCUUCCAGUGCAGCUGCAGCAAGGCUUGCAGCUGUAGUGAGAUGCGUCCCAAACGUUCCUUCGCUGAGUGGCAAGCAGCUAUCCUAGGUGGGAAGGGCGAGGACGCGGAUGCGGCACCGAAUCUCUCACGGUCGGCGGGGCCGCCAUCAGAACACAUGCAACGCGUGUUGAAACAUGGCGUGGAUGGCAGGGACCUGCAGGAGCUGAAUGAUGCGGAGCUUACCGCGGUCGCGGAGCAGGAGCAGCUGGCCAGCGAGCUGGCAGCUAUGAAUGCCAGUGGGCGCCUGGCUUUGGCCUAUGUCUUUGUGAAGAAAAUGGGCUCUCUGAAGCGCGCCUUCCGUUGGUUCGACACACGUCGCAUUGGGAAGAUUGCACAAGUUGUAUGGGAUACAGGCUUCACUUUGCUACACAUCGAUUCCGAGAAACUCACGGGCUGGAAGCAGGGAAACCCGUAUUGGGGCAACGACAAAAGACGGGUGAAGUCCUACUUGAAGGGAGAGAAUGUCACACUUACAGAAUGGCCCUUCGAGAUCUUCAAGCAGAUUGAUAUCGAUCCCUGUGACGGCUUGAUUUCCAUGAAGGAGUGGAAGAGCUACUUCAAGGAAGCGGCCGAGACCAUUGCGGCGGAGAUGGAAGAGAAGGGCACCAGCGAUUUUGAGCAGCAAGUGAGGUUGCGUGGACAUGCGAUGAAGACCAACGCUGCCAAAAGUCGAAGGAAUCGCAAGACGGCCUAUAACAAGGAUCCAUGGCUGUUGCAGAUGAAAGAGAAACAAGCCAUCAUGAAGCACGAAGAGGACUUUCGCCGCCGGGUCACGGACAAGUUGAUGACGCUACAGGAGACGGAGUCCUUCACCUUCGGCCGCGAAUGGCUCUGCGAUGUGGAUGGCAAGCUGUCGCCCGUGCGGCGAAGCGUCAUCGUGGAGGAGGUGGCCGAGAAGCUCCGACUCUUCUCGCUGCCGAGCCCGGCACUGGUGGACCUCAAAAGCCUUCAUAGGAGCAUCAGCAUGACCGUGGACUCCAAGGAAGAGUCCGAGAUGGAGUACAGUCUGUUGCCAUACCUCUCCAUCUCUCAGGAGGAGGGAUCCUUCACGCCCAGCGGCACGGAUCCGGGGAGCAUCUUGGUGAUGAACCUGACCGAAUAUGCCCAGGAGAUCGAGGACCAGCUGGAUAACAUCCCGUUGCACAGCAGCAUGACCUUCUCCAAUGCGCUGGUGGAGACCCAGCGUGCCGUCAUUCAGCUCUUGGCACAGCGGCAGGGCUUGGUGGCCGUUAUGGAGUCGCGAGGGGCAAAUCAAGAAUUGGUGGUGUACAAUGUGGCCUCGAAUUUUGUGCAGAACAUUGAGAUUCAGCUCAAUGGGCUGCGACAGAACGAGGGCUGUAUGUUCAAUGAGCUGCUUGGAAUUAUCAUCACAAAGCUGUUCCAGUGCUCUGAUGCCAUCGCUGAGAGCAUUGACAAGUUGGUGAACCGGGAUCUUUCACCGGAAGAGACAAAGCUCGUUCGUGUCGACUGCUCAGAUCUCCCCACCAGGGAUAAACCUGAGGUCCUCUCUGAGAACAUGGGUUUCCUGACAACUCGCAACAGCGAUGGCACCCUGUCGGCGUUCAACUUGCAGGACUUUGCCAAUGAAGUGAGAGACCAACUGACCGCCCUCCCCAUUGGGGAGGAAGUCAGGGAAGUGAUCAUCUCGAACCUCGUGCAGUUUUUGAGCACUGCCAAGGAGAAGAUGAUUGCCGCACAGGACGGUGCGGAAGCCCAGGAAGCCCAGGGCCGGACGCAGCAAGGCGAGAUGUUGGAAUUCAUCCUGCCGCCACAGGAGAAACAGCAAGUGGCGUUUUUUGAUCUGGCCAAGGACUACGCUUUCGAGUGCGUGGAUCGUGUGAACACCAACGAUGGCGUGGAAGCGCACCUCAUUCGCAUGGCCGUGGAAAAGACCAGCCUGGCGCAGAGGCGGAGACGAAGCAGCAUCGUGAAGCAAGCGAGCAAGACUGAUCUGGAAGAGGUGGUGCCUAUCAUCAAGCCACCGACGCCGGAUCCGGAUGAUGCUGAGGUCGAGUCCACCAGUAGUAGCGAAGGCCUUGAAGAUUCAAGCCAGGCCACGUCUCUGAGUUUUGAGGAGUUGCCAGAACCCAUCCAACGGAACACAGGUGAAGGCUUAGUGGCCCGGGUCUUUCAGCAAUACGCUUCAGGACGCUGGAUCGGGCAGACCUUGUUUUUGCGCUACAGUGACCUGAAGGGCUUCGCGGAGGAUCUGAAGUACGUCACGCCCAAUGUGGAUACCAAGUUGUAUCGCUUUACAGGCACGGGCAGUAGCCUGUUUUUUGGAAGGCCAAAACGGUGUGGCAAAGAUUUGGGUGAAAGGUCUCUAUCUAUCGAUCAAUCUAUCGAUCCAUCCACCUACCUAUUUACCUACCUACCUAUUUACCUAUUUACCUACCUACCUAUUUACCUAUUUACCUACCUACUUAUUUACCUACCUACCUAUUUACCUACCUACUUAUUUACCUAUUUACCUACCUACCUAUUUACCUACCUACCUAUUUACCUACCUACCUACCUACCUAGCUAG